GUCAGAUCUUAGUGCUUUUAAAAAAAAAAAAAAUAAUACUUAAACAAAGUAUUGUGCAAUAUUUCAAAUAAUUGUAAUAUAGAAAUAUAGUUAUCGUGGAUAGAAGACAGUGAAACAAAGUGAUUCAAUAUCAAAACACUUGUUUGUAAAAAAUGAUUAAUUCUCUGUUUGCUUCACGUGUGUGAUUGGCAAGCAUCUGAAGACAAAUUUUUCUGAGUUAAACUUUAGACUAAAGCAGAUAUAAUAAUAAAAUGCACUUCAAGUUCAUUAUAUCGUUAGUAAAUUAUUUUUUUAUUGCUAACCAUGUCCUUGGCGCACCGCCUGAUUUGGUCCCAGAGUCUACCGAGAACGAGCAUCUAAGUGGCGUUUAUGCAUACCUGACAAAUCUUCUUGAAACUCAACCAGAUCAGCCAAUUAGUAAUGUUACCUUGGAUCGGUUUUUUGCGUUUGUGGAUCCUUCCGAUUCUCAUGUACACUUAGUAGAUAAGUACUUCACGAUUUAUCCAAUGGACUGGCUAAACUAUCAAUUAACAGACAAUAUAGAUGAACUUUUAUUUCGACGCCUUGUAAGAUUUAUUUGCGUUGGAACUGGACGGAAUAUAAUAACAUACACUAGUUUAUUGGUGGGCAAAAUCGAAGGAAAACAAGAAAAGCAAGGACUGGAAAUUAUUCAGGGUGCUUUUGGCAUGGUAGAAAAACGGACAAGAAUGAGACAAGAAAGUUUGGCAAUACAAAAAGCGUUCGAGCUAGCUAGAAAAUAUUUCAACCUUCCUUCUGAAAGUAACCUUACAUUUGAUCAUUUAUUAUUUGUUUUGAAUACCACUAAUAAAGAUAAAAUACUCGAGUAUUUCAGAAUCAAAAGAGUUGGAACACAAUACCAAAACAAUGUACAUCCAGCUCUAUUCGAUGACAUCGUGAGAACAGUUUGCGCACAAAAUAAUACGAAUGUAUUAGACUUUAUGACAGCAAUUAAUAAUUCAAUGCGUUAUAUAUUGAACGACUAUUAGCUUAUUCAGAAUAUAUUAUGGUUAUUUCAAUUUGGUAUUAUGGUGCAGUAUACUAUUGCCAUCGACUAUCCUAUGUUCAUAUACUAUGUAAAAUUGUUAAAAAAGCAAAAUUGAUUGUAAAUUGUUUCGAUUGUUUGUAAAAUAUUAAUUAUCAACACAGUACAAUAAAUUCGAUUUCAAAGCAUAAAA